AAAAAAGUUAUAUAAUAUUUUAAUUAAUUUAAUUGGGAUGUCAAAAUAAUAAUUUAUUGUUUUAACCUCACAAAUGUUAAAUUAUAAGUACUGAUUAAAUUAUGUCAGGAUCUAAUGAUCAUGACCAAUCAUCAGAUUCGAGUAAUGACGAUGAGGAGGAGGGGGAGGAAGAAGAAGAAGAAGAAAAUUGUGGAGAGAAUUCAGACAGUGAUUUAGGUGCAUGUUUGUGUCAGGAAAAUACUGGGUGUCUGACUACGUCGUUGAAUUGCGGCGGGUAUCGGCCAUCUGGCACCGCGGCCACUGGAGCGUGCCCUGGUCCUUGUCAGUGUGCUGAAGAAGAGGCAUGGAAUUCGAUCACACCACCGAGACCUAAUUACCGAUGGUUUAAUAAUUUCGUUGAGUUGAGAAGGCAGUGGAGCGAUCACGCACGUACUAAUUGCUAUCGAUUCGAUCAAUCGAGGAAAUCAAAAGCACUUUAUAAACAUCCAUUACCAACCCAAAAAUGUGCCUUACCUACGAAUCACUCUUCAAUACCGGCAGAUUCUCCAGCUCACUCAAUAAAAGACCCAUGCCAUGAGUUAGAAACAAAUUCUUCCUGUUGUCACAGCGGAAGUCAUGAUAAUUAUAAUAAACAUCGUAACCAUGGAAAUGGUGUCAUAAUGCAUGGUCAUCAUAACCAUAAAAAUGGUCACACUAUUCAUGACCAACAUAACUGUCAUACUGGCCAUGUUACCCCUGACCGUCAUAGCUGUCAAACUGGUCAUGUUACCCCUGACCAUCAUGGCUGCCAUACUGGCCAGGUUACCCCUGACCAUCAUGGCUGCCAUACUGACCAUGUUACCCCUGACCAUCAUGGCUGCCAUACUGACCAUGUUACCCAUGAUCAUCGUAACCACAAAAAAAAUCCUGACACUCACAGUCAUCAUGGCCGUGAAAUCUGUCAUGAUGAUCUUGAUACUCAUGAUAAGACUCCCUCAAGUGGACAUGAAAAUUCGUUACCAUCAGAGCAAUCCUACCCACGGUCGGUAAAAACUGAAAAAAAAUUCAGUCCCCGCGGUCGCAUACCAGGAGGCUGCCUAUGCCAGCCAAUGCCACGUUCCUGCAAUUGCCCACCGCCAGUUAAAAUCGACGCACGCGCAAACCCCGAAUGCACUUGCGAAUGUCCUUCAUCACCAGAAUGUCCGUGUCCACCAAGUGAGCGCAGAUUCUCGCUAAUAAAAUCAAUAUGUCCUCACGCAAAACUGUGCCGUCCCACGCCUCGUCUUCCUCCGGGCCCGAAAUGCCAUUGUACCAAAUGCCAACCGCCAUUGCCGGUUCCGUGUGAUCCCUGUACUGUUUCUAAAUGUCGAGUUGUCAAACGUAAAGCUUGCUGGGUCGACAAAAAAGUUUGCGGUGCCGAUAAAACAGAUCAAGAGGUCGAUAAGGCAGAGCCACAAUCAGCCGAGCACCUGGACGAAGUCAAAAUCGAAGCAGACCAAGUCAAUGCUGAGCCAGUAGAUCAAGUUGAAGAAAUUUCUGUCGACUCUGCCGAUAAAGAAGAGCCCGUCGAUAAAGUAGAAGUCAUUGCGAUCAACCGGAGUGUCGGUAAAAAUGAUUUUGAAGAAGAAAAACCUGAAUUUAGCUGCAAAAAAGUCUCUUAUCACGACAGCGUGGAAGUUAAAGAAGAAAUUGAUGAUCUUGUGGAAAUUUCUAGUACCCAUGAGGAUGAUAAGGCAGAAGCGCUGGUUAUAGUCGGCAAGGAAGCGAUCGAUGUUACCAACAUCGUCGGUAAAGAAGCACCGGAAGUUACCGACAGCCCUGAUAAGGUAGAAACUAGCGAGAAAAAUGUAACUGAUGUCAAUUCGUGUCCCGAACGUUGUGGCGAGCGUUGUUUAGCAAAAUGUCGAGCUGUUCAAACCGAAAAGUGUCCGAAAUAUCGAAGAAUGGAUUCCGUGGGCACAAAAUGCUCCAGAAAAAUAGAAAAAGUAGAAAAUUUGAAAAAUGAUGAAAUUUCUAAAGAGGAAAAAAAUCAGGAAUCUUCUGAUGAUAAUUUGCUAGAAAAAAAUAGUCUCGGCGACUGGACUUUUGUAGACGUCGAGCAUUCAAAGCGACCUAUCAAGCUGCUCAAAACAAUAAAUCGCGCGAAAGUUAAACGGAAACAAAGAAAUUGUGACUGCGAGCCUGAGUUUGAUUACGUUAUCAUUAAAUUUAUCAGAAAAAUUUCAACAGACUCGAUAAUUAUCAUAAAUAAAAUUUUUAAAAAAUCCGAUGAUCAGUUGGAAAAUUUGUCUAUUAAAUCAUCAAAUUUGUCUAAUUAUUUAGAUGAUCAUGAAAUAAUUAGUACGAUGGAUUUGAUGUCAAGACCUCUGAGUACAAUUUAGAUGACGCAAUAAAUUAAAUAAUUUUUUUCUAACCAACAAUAAUCUUCUUCAUCUUCUUCUUGUUCUUGUUCUUCAUCUUGUUGCUGUUGAUAGCCAGUAGGCCGAGUGUUUUAUUU